GAGUAGGUGACGUCAGUUCGCCUGUUGGCAGAGAGCGAAACAAACAUGGCGAUGGAUUCAAGUGGCUGGGGGUUUACGUUAACUUUAUUCGUGUUUUCAUACGUUUUUGCGACGAGGCUGGUUGAAGCUUCGGUUUCAGGCUCGAGGGAAACCACGCGGAUACUCGGCAUGAGGCUAGAGAAGAGCGACAAGCCAGCCGAGACCACCGAAAGGGGAGAUAUUCAGGUGACCGAGGGGAGCGACAUCUCCUUAAGGGUCUACGGGCUCCACUUGUUCCCCAACAGCUCGGAUAUCAUCGGGUUCGGUAAACUGUUCGUCAGUAAUAAAGAAGAUGAUGAUUUCUCAGAUAAAUGGUUAAACAGGACUUGUCCCAAAGAUCAGAAUGAUAUUGAUAUUAGGGGACCCAUGAAGGUAAACGACGAAAACACCUCAGGGACAGUCUCCCUCAGCAUCAAGCAGCUCCGUAAGAAUGAGAUGGUGAAAGUGUUCGGCUUGUGCGUCCUGGACGCCCGGGAUCAGAAGUGGUACCUGAUGGACGAAGAAGACGGCAGGCUGCGCGUGGUGGAAGCGAAGAAGUCCCUCCUGCCCAUCUGGCUGCAGAUUAUCCUCAUCUGCUUCCUGCUGGUGCUGUCCGGUAUGUUCAGCGGGCUCAACCUGGGACUGAUGGCGCUGGAUCCGAUGGAAUUGCGCAUCGUGCAGAACUGCGGCACAGAGAAGGAGAAGAAAUACGCGCGGAAGAUCGAGCCCAUUCGUAGGAAGGGCAACUACCUGUUGUGCUCACUGCUGCUCGGUAAUGUCCUGGUCAACACUACGCUCACCAUCCUCCUGGACGACCUCACCAAGUCCGGGGUCGGAGCAGUCGUCGCCUCCACUGUCGGCAUCGUAAUAUUUGGCGAGAUUGUCCCCCAGGCUCUGUGCUCCCGACACGGAUUAGCAGUCGGGGCGAACACCAUCGUCCUCACCAAGCUGUUCAUGCUGUUGACUUUCCCUCUGUCCUGGCCCAUUAGCAAACUCCUCGACUGCGUGCUGGGCCAGGAGAUCGGCACCGUGUACAACAGAGAGAAGCUAGUGGAGAUGUUAAAAGUCACCGAGCCCUACAAUGACCUGGUGAAAGAGGAGCUGAACAUGAUCCAAGGAGCGCUGGAGCUCCGGACUAAAACAGUGGAGGAUGUCAUGACGCCAAUCAACAACUGCUUCAUGAUCCACAGCGACGCCGUGUUGGACUUCAACACCAUGUCCGAGAUCAUGGAGAGCGGCUACACCAGGAUACCCGUGUACGAAGACGAGCGCUCCAACAUCGUGGACAUCCUCUUCGUCAAGGAUCUGGCCUUCGUGGACCCAGACGACUGCACCACCUUGAAGACCAUCACCAAAUUCUACAACCAUCCGGUCCACUUCGUCUUCCACGACACCAAGCUGGACGCCAUGCUGGAGGAGUUCAAAAAAGGAAAAUCCCACCUGGCCAUUGUCCAGAAGGUGAACAACGAGGGGGAAGGAGAUCCUUUCUACGAAGUGUUGGGGUUGGUCACCCUGGAAGACGUCAUAGAGGAGAUUAUCAAAUCAGAAAUUCUGGAUGAAUCCGACCUUUACACUGAUAAUCGCACGAGGAAAAAGGUGGCACCCAACAAAAACAAGAGAGACUUCUCUGCCUUUAAACAUGAGAGUGAAUCUAAGGUGAAGAUCUCUCCUCAGCUGCUGCUGGCUGCCCAUCGUUUCCUGGCUACAGAGGUGAGCUUGUUCAACCCAUCUCAGAUUUCAGACAAGGUGCUGCUGCGAAUCCUGCGUCACCCCGAUGUGAUCCAGGAGAUCAAGUUCAAUGAGAACGAUAAGCGGUCGUCCCAUCACUACAUCUACCAAAGGGGCAAGCCGGUCGACUACUUCAUUCUCAUCCUGCAGGGUCGAGUGGAGGUGGAGGCUGGAAAUGAGAACAUGAAGUUUGAGACCGGACCUUUCUCAUACUAUGGUAUCAUGGCACUCAGUGCUCCCACACUGGAGUUUCGUUCACCAUCCCAUAUCAGCGGCUUGAACCGAACAGCCUCGAUGAGUGGAGCCGACCGGAUGGAGUCACUUUCGGUCAGCGGCAGCAACAGUCAGCUCAACAACAGCAUCCCCAUGCAGCAGUACAUACCAGACUUCUACGUCCGAGCCCUCACUGACCUACAGUUUGCCAAGAUCACACGAGCUCAGUACCAGAACGGCCUGAUGGCAUCUCGCCUGGACAGCACGCCGCAGUCCCCCGAGAGCAGCCACAACACUAUUCGUAUGGAUCAGACGCCUCCCACCACCAUCGGUAACACCACCAUUACGGACCUGGGAGCAGACUCCACCCCUACGGAGAACGGCCCGGACGAGACGACGCUUCUCCUCCUCAAUGAGCAGAACUCGCCACACACAGGCAACCACCACAGCCAGGUGGAGAACAGAAUCUGACAGCCUCCACUGGUACCAGCCCUCCAUACUCCUACAUUGGCCCACGUGCACUACUACGCCCGGUUGUAUGCCGAGGAGGGGAGGAUUGUGUGUGUGAGUGUGCGUGUUUGUGUGAGUGGGAAUGCAGGCACAAGCUGAUGAGGCCCAAAGAGUCAAGCCACGUUCAUACUGUGUAAAUAUGCAAAGAUUAAACACACACACACAAUCGCGCACACACAGAGCAAACACACACUGAUGAGCCAAAACAUUUUGACUGUGCUUAGAGGAUGAACAGGAUAUUUACGGCCAUAAUGUUUGGGCUCAUCGGUGUACACACACAUACCAAAGUCUCCACACCUCUACCGAUCGAUGGAACUAGUAUCGCGUCAGUGUUUGCACAUGCCUCUUGAUCUGAAGGACCUGUUUGUCUGGACCAGAAAGCUCCUCCAUUUCUCGUUCAGAGGUGUUACCGAUUAUUUAAGUGUGUGUGGUGUAGUGUGUGUGAGAAAGAGUGUGCGUUGCUUCUAAACCACUGUCCCUAAUCAGAGACUCAGGGAGACUCCGCCCUCCUCCUCAUUUCCGGAUGUACGUAAAAGCAAGUGUGGUCGAAAGCCCCAAACCAGCCCAUCGCCGCAUGUGUAGCAACCUGCAUCCCCCUCCUCCAUACAGCUAGAGGACAAAGACGACCCGAGCAUGUCUGCGGAGUUCACACAAAGUAAUACGUGUACCAUAGAAAUUUAUAGUGAGAUAUUUAUUGGGGGGAUAUUGUGGUUAAAUGAGGAUGGGGAUGGGGUGGAUUUCUAUCUAUAGAGAUAUAUUUUCUCUUCCUUGUUUCCUGCAUAGAAACAGCUGGUAGCCCAGAGCCUUUAUCCCAGAGUUGUUAAGAGAUUUGCCGCUGAUAGACCACCAGUCUGUAUUGUGAACAAGACAAUCAACAUGAAUAUUUUGAAUGUGUUAAAUUAAAUAUGUAGGGUACGUUAACUGUGGCUGCCCUGCUCUCCAAAUGCCAUAUCUGUGUCACCUUUAAUUCUGUUCCUCUGAGGACAGACGUGGAGUUUCUAGAUGGGUUGCAGAGACGAAGGCGUUCGAGAGCAAAGAAUCCUUUCCUACUUUUUUUGGGGGUUUUUUUGUUUUGUUUUGUUUCUAAAGACGAUGGGUAGUCUGUGUCUGUGCGUGAGUUUGCGUGUACGAGACCAAAGCUGGCCAUCAUCUGACUUGUUGGGAGCAGAAACCAAAAGUGAGAAGCUUGAUCACCUCCUGACUGGAAAAUACUUUAAGAAAUCUGAGAGUUUAUUUAUUGAGUUUAAUGUCUGUGUAUGCGUGUAUAUAUUCUUGUUGAUUUGAAGGGGAGAAAAUGCAAUUUUAUUUCACCGUUUUGGGAGAUUUUACAUGUUAAAAUGUUUCUUUCCAUUCAGUGAUUAUGUUCGGGUUUGCUUUUUGUUUUUAAUGUAGGAAAAGGGGGUCACUCUAACAUAGUUUUUGUAUUUGUGUCUCCAAAUGCAACAUUAGCCACAUUCUGUCCGGUUUUUUUGUUUGUUUGUGUGUUUGUUUGUUUUUUGGUUAUAUUUUACCAGUUAUAUUUUACUGUACGCUCAGACAACGUCUUAAAGAAGAAUCUGAAAAUCUGUUUUCUGGUGGAUUUUUCUUUCCCUGAACUCUAACAGGAGCACAGCCGUGUUUCGUGGGUAUUUCUUUAUUUUGUGAUACUCUGCUGCUUUUAAGACACCCGUUGUAGAAUUUUAUUUACACACUAACAACUACAUGUAACAGAUGUUCACUUUUUGGUACUUUUUAUUAGGCUAUACUUAAAAGAUGGUCAUAGCCUUUAGGUUUGAAACACAAGCCCAAUGUGGAAGUGCCUUAAUCCUGUGUUCUUUCUAAUGGCCAGCAGGGGUGACUUCUCUGGUUGCAAAGAAAAUGUAAUUAUAUAAAAGUUUAUGAGGAAAUAAAUCUACUUUAAGACCACAGCAAAAAGGUUCCUUUUGAGUUUGCAGUCUGAAUUGCAAGUUUUUUAUUUAGUAUAAUUUGAUGUUUGUUUAGUAAAACAAGGUCCCAAUUAGAGUAAAAUUGUGAAUGCUUUAGCUCAUGGCUGUCUUUUGAUAAACAGGUUGGCAGUCCUUGGGCUCGCAGUUCCUCCAGUUGUCAACAGUAAAAAUAAAUGCACAACUUCAUUGAAGAUGAAGAUGAUAUAAAGUUUAUGGUUGCACCGCCUUUACUUUUUCUGUCAUCUUUGAGUAGCAAAGAUUUUUUACAAGCAACAAGUUUCCAGCUUUGCUCUAAAAGAUGUGACCAAGUCUUCUGGGAUAUGCAGGACACCAGGAGUAUGAUACGAAGCAAGCGAAAGGAAAGAUGAUCACAAGCUGGUGUUAAAAAAAUUGAUUUUUCCUUUUAUUGUUGCGGUUUUUGAGAUCGGGAGCAUUAACAUAACACCCAGCAGCAAAAAUGAUUUUGAAAUUUGAAGAAAUUAGUAUUACUACAUCUACUACUACUUGUUUUCUGGAUGGGGAAAUCUGAAACCAAAAGCAUUUCCGUUAUUGUGGAUUUUCCUAUCUUGUUGAAGUGAGAUGUCAAUGAAAGUGAGUUUCAGCAGUGGUGGGAAAGGCCAGAGAGGUCAGUACAUUUCCAAAACUUCAGCAAGUGCAACACAUGAUUAGAAUUUUAGUGUUUUUAGAAAAUAAACAUUUUUGACGUAGUUACAUGUAGUUGACUUAAUGUUGUUUCACAAAUUAUUAUUAUUUUAUUUCUUUCACCAAAUACAAAAGUGAUCCUCUAACAUUUCAAUGUUAGAUGAUGCAUUUUAUGUCUCAGUUGGCAAACCUACAACUUUUUGCACCAAACCAGGUGCUUUGUGAGUGUGACUUGUAUAUUUGAAUCAUUUAUUUGGCAGGUUUAAUUGCAUGUUACUGCCUACCAAAGACUAAAGUUACAGCACUGAUGCUGCUUAUAAAGAGGCUGUGGCUGUUGGCUGGCAUCUUCUGUGCAAAUAUUGCAGCUAAACAGUUUUGGGGAAAUGCAUUUCAAGCAGGCUGUGAAUGUAUUUGAGCACAUGGAAAUAUAUUUAGAAGGAAAAAAAGUGCUGCUUGAAUGAGAUUUUUCAUCUUUUUUUCACACUUAAAAUGCCACUAGAUAACGCUAAUGGGAAAGAUUGUCAAUAAAUGGUAACCGAAGUCAUCUAUUUAAUUAUUCAUAAAUCAAUCAACUAUCCAGGUUAGUUGACACCAAUUUGAAUCAAAUAUUGAAAGAAAACCAGCAGCCUCUCCAACGCUUUAAUGACAAGCCCCAGUGAGUAAACACUAGUUCUACUUUUGAAUCUGCAUUAGCUUCAUGUGCUCAUGUUUUACUCCGUUUCCAAGAAAUGUUUGUAUUUCUUGUCUUUUAAGCAACAAGUAAGAAUUUUGCAAGUGACAAAGAUUCAAAGAGUCCAUGGUUUUUGUGGUCUAAAAACAGAAGCAGCACACAACACACAGUUGUGUCACAAUGCUGCUGGUAACCCAAAUUUCAUAAUCAUAUUAUCACUGACUUCAUCAAGUGACUGCAAUAAUUUCACUCCCCGUCCACACAGAAGCUUUCUCACUUUCUCACUGCUGUGUUGGCUUCACUACUUUUUAAUGACUGUACUUUUUUGUGUGUUCAUUCCUGUUUUUCUUUUUCCUUGUUUUUUACUUAAAACACCACAGAGACACACGCAAACACACACUCCUAUUUCAAAGGACUGUAUUUUUUUCCAUGUUCAUGUUGGAGUGGCCCCCCAUCCCACACCCCCUGCUUUAAAUUGUUCUGGGUUUGGGUUUAUUAUGGUGCACGUGAAUGUGUUUGUCAGUGCCUAUAUAAUGUGUGUGUGUGUGGGGGGGAGGGUUGUUUUGUUUUUUUGUACCUCAGAACACUGUUAGUGAUUGUGGUAAUAACUUUUUUUUUUUUUGUCUCGAGUUAAAUUUGGGAACAGAGCGAAUGGAGCGACUGGCAUUUGGGGAAAAAUACUGAUUGUCCUUCAUUCUCUCUGGCAUGCUUUAACUUAAAUAUAAAUAGACACAAGGUGUAAAUACUGUUUUAUAAUUUCUGUCUUAAUGAGUUUUGAAAAUGAAGAAAGUUAUUAAUAAACCUGAGAUAUAUUUCUCUACAGAG